ACACACACACACACAUCGGAAUAUUAGCACGCAGUUCGCGACUGCGAGGCAGCAGUGGAGUAAAUCACAGUGCCUAUAUUCAUACAAAUGAAUCCCCAGUGCCGUAUUUUAUAAGUAAAAAAGAGUGCGCGAGGAGAGAAAUUGACGUGUGCGACAAGAGCUCCGAUCGAGAGUCGAGUUUCGCGGUGAGGAGUGUAUACCAUCUCGGCGCGAGCGUCGAGUGUUCCCCUCGAGUAUAAUAUAGUCGAGACUCGAGAGCAGUACAGUGACGAGUGCGAAAUAGCAACAACGCCACGCACAGACGCAAACCUUUACUACCUGAUAUUACAAUGUAUCGAUAUAAAGCACAGCGAUGUUAUUACGAGCAUAAGUAGAGUCAACUUUUUCAUUGUACCCGUUUUCUGCUUGGCCACGACGAUACUACUGUCUGUUAACGGGCCUGCAGUGGCACAGACACAUACAUGUAUAUAAUUGGUAUAUACAUGAGUACAGCAAAUAUAGAUAGCAGCGAGAUAGUAGCAGCAGCAGCGAGUGUGGUGCGUGCGUUUGUGCCAGCGAUGCAAGCGUGUUUCGAGGUUAUAAAAUUUCGCAGCAGCAGCAGCAACAGCAGUAGUAGUAUAGGCAGCAGCAGCAACAAUCAGGACACUUCCUGAAAGAUAUAGACAUAGAUAUAUAUAUAUUUUUAUUUGGAGUUUGGAGCUUGGCUCGCGGGGCACCUGGCGCACGACAACGACGACGAUACGCCCGUGUACAUAAUCUGUCUAAUACAGCGAGCAGAGGCAAGAAGUCAUAGAAGAUCUCUCUCUCUCUCUCUCUCUCUCUUUCUAGUGGUGCGUAUUAUACAUCACGUACUCACGCACGCACGCACGCACGCACAUUAAAGAAACGAUAUCCGAUAUCUCCUCCGCGGGCGCAGCCAUCGCACCUUCUUGUGUGUAUUCUAAUACAAAACUUCUAUACAGGCAUCAGUCGUGUGCGAGAAACCGAAGUGAGAGAAGCAAAACAUCUAGUAUAAGUAUAGUGUCAAGUAUAGCAGCAACGGCGACGACGACGACGACGACGACGACCACAAGGACGCAGACCUCAUGAGAGAACGGAGUAAGAGCCAGAGCAGCAGCGGUCCGAGCGCCGCCGCCGUUGUGGCCCAUCAACAGCAGCAGCAGCAGCAACAACAACAACAACAACAACAACAGCAGCAGCAGCAGGCGAACAACGCGUCCAACCAGGCCAACAACAUGGCCAAUAACAGCGGAGGUGGCAGCGGCGGCAGCAGCAGCAACAACGUCGACUCGCACACCAAGUACCUGAAAGAGUUCAGGGUCGAGCAGUGCCCGCUGUUCAUUCAGCGCAAGUGCACCCAGCACCGGCCCUUCACCUGCUUCAAUUGGCACUUCAUGAAUCAGCGCAGACGCCGACCCACGCGAAAGCGCGACAGGACCUUCAACUACAGCGCGGACAAUUACUGCACCAAGUACGACGAGACUCUGGGGAUAUGUCCGGAUGGCGACGAAUGUCCAAAUCUACAUAGGACGGCGGGCGACACCGAGCGUCGCUAUCACCUGCGCUACUACAAAACGUGCAUGUGCGUGCACGACACCGACGCCCGUGGCUUCUGCGUCAAGAACGGGCCCCACUGUGCCUUCGCCCACGGCAAUCACGAUCUGCGACCACCGGUCUACGAUCUCAAGGAGCUCCAGGCCAUCGAGAAUCCGGACCUCGAGGGCAACGGAUCCGGCAACGGACCCAACGUCCUCGACAAGGAGCGCAACCUCAUGAACGAGGACCCCAAGUGGCAGGACACCACCUACGUGCUGAGCAAUUACAAGACCGAGCCGUGCAAGCGACCGCCCCGUCUGUGCAGGCAGGGCUACGCCUGUCCCCAGUACCACAACGGCAAGGACAAGCGGCGCAGCCCGCGCAAGUACAAGUAUCGCUCGACGCCCUGCCCCAACGUCAAGCACGGCGAGGAAUGGGGCGAGCCGUCCAACUGCGAGCAGGGCGACAACUGCGUCUACUGUCACACUCGUACCGAGCAGCAGUUCCAUCCGGAGAUCUACAAGUCGACCAAGUGCAACGACGUGCAGCAGGCGGGCUACUGCCCGCGCGGCGUGUUCUGCGCCUUCGCCCACGUCGACCCCGUGAUGCCCGCCGAGGACAGCCUGGCGUUGGCCAGCGGCCGCGACCUGGUCGGCUCCCUGCCCAACUCGCAGACCCUCGAGUGCACCAGCAAUCUGGCGGAUCUGCUGAGCGGCGCCCUGCCCGGUGCCAACGACGCCGGCGGCAACAGCGCCAACAAGCGCUCCAACAACGAUCCCAACAAGGACAAGGACGGCAGCUUGGCUCCAUUGCAGAACGGCAGCAGCGACUUGUCCGAGUCGGCGAGCAUCUGCAGCCUCGGCAGCAACGGCUCGCAGAGCAAGGCGCCGGGCUCGCAGCUGCAUCACAACAAUUCCAACUCCCAGUCGAAACUCGUGGGCUCAAACAGUGCCGCCGGGGUGCUCUUUAACAAUGCUCUGUCCAGUGCCGCGGAUUUCUUCGAUAUUCGAAAGCAGUGCGACAUUCGCAAACAACUCAUGGCGAUCGAAAACGAUCCUCUGCUCACCAAAGCAGAGAAAGCUCAGAAAAAGCAAAAUAUCUGUCUCGCUUACAACAUCAACCCUCUCACCACUCUGAGAUCGUCUGUUUCUUCUCCGCUAUCUAACUCUUUCUAUCCCAAUGAUACCGUUGAAUCGGUUGUUGGUAACGCGUUGGAUGACUUGCAUUUAGACGAUCCUCUGGGAUUGGUCGAUUCGCUGCACAGGGAUGCCAAUUCCCCGAUAGCAAAUUCCAUUUCGGCUGGUUUGGCCAGUUCCGGUCUAUUGAGCAGCUCUGCUCCAGUCAACAUUCCAGGAAUGGCAGAGCGCUCGGUGCUCUCGAACUUCUCGCCGUCUGCCUCGAGUCCUCUCCAACCUCUUCACUCGGCUGCCAGCAGUUUUCUCACCGCGGGUUCGCGAUUCUCGUAUCAAGACUCACUAGAAACUUCCAUGUCAUCUUAUAUGAAUCACGUAACUGACACAUUCAAUAAUCACGUCUCUCAAUCAGCUGGCUCAGCGUCUAAACUAGGAGGAUUCAACAACAGUCUCUUUGAUUUCAAUAAUCAAGGCAUGUCCCCGUCGUCUCGCACACAACCAUUGGCAGCAUCGCCCUUAGUCGGUGCCUUUUCGAUGAGCCCAAGCAACAGUAACGCGACCGGUUCACUAUCGGAAUUACAGUUACAGAGACUGAGGGAGGAAUUGUCGUCCAGUCGUGCUCAAUUAGCUUCCUGGGACGAAAGAAUUAAUCAGGCACAAGCUGCUUGCUCCGCAUGGCAAAUAGAAUGCGAGGAGUCCAAAAGAAAAGCCGUCAUGGCUGAACAGCAAAGAGAUGAGGCUCUUAUGCAGUUAAAGACUCUCAAAGCUGAAAAAGAAGCUACGAAUGGGGGUGGACCUUAUUUAAGUACACUAGGAAGAACCAGCGAUCUUAAAACAUUGUCAAUCACAGCUCUAAAAUCAAUGCAAGCUCAAUUAAGAUCUGACCUUGAAGAAAUAGAAAAUGUACUAUAUAGAGAAACCGCAACAAAAUGUAUGGUAUGUGAAGAGCAAAAUCGUGCUGUUACGCUGUCACCCUGCAAUCAUUAUGUUGUCUGUUCUACUUGCGCACCUAAUCAACGAGAAUGUCCUUACUGCCAAACACCAGUUGUUUCGACCAGUUAGUCUCUCAUAAUUUGUCGGUAGAUUUUACUUAAAAUUAUUUUAAUUCUAAAUCUUGAUUUUUACAAUAUGCUUAAAAAAACUUCAGAACUUCGAUUUU